AUUUGCAUUAUGUGAACAUACAAAAUUUAUUUUUUAUUAGAUUGUUCUGUGUGAUGACUAUAUAUUUACCCACAAACCUAAAUAUUUAGUCAAAACAGUAUGCCUGAAAACGAUGUUUUUCACAUAUCCUGCACGGCGGAAUAAUAUCUCACUACACUGCGGUUCUAGCUGCAGAAUUUGCGAGAACUACCCCACAGCAACGGGAAUCUUCCCCGAGCGUUUCAUUGGAUGACACAUUUGUUUUUUUGACCAGCGAUUGGUUGCCGUGCAACACACUGCUGAAACUGGGAGGGACACCCAGUUCCAUGUCAGCAGGUUUCACAACAAACACAUCACACUGGUUUCACCAGAGCUUGAUGAAGUAGCUGGGUAAAUAUGUAACUGUGCUUAUACUUGUCAACAUCAAACUAAAAAUGGAGUUUGUAAAACAUACAGGCGGCUGCCACUGUGGGGCUGUUAGAUUUGAAGUCCUGAGUUCCCCAGACCUCCAUGUUUUUCACUGCAACUGUAGCAUUUGCACAAAGAAACAAAACCAUCAUUUUAUUGUUCCAAAAAGUUACUUCACACUCUUAGAGGGCUUGGAUGAUCUCACCACAUACACAUUUAACACCCAUGUUGCUCAACAUACUUUCUGUAAAAUCUGUGGAGUUCAGAGUUUCUACACUCCACGCUCCAACCCCGAUGGAUAUGGUGUUUCUCCACACUGUUUGGAUCCAGGGACUGUGCGUAGUGUCACAGUGGAGAAUUUUUGUGGAGAGAAGUGGGAAGAAAGCAUGCAAGCUCACAAGACCAUCAGAGGCAUGUCACAACCUGCAGGAGAAAUGCAGCUAAGAGGAACAAAGUAACACAGCUGUAUGAAUAGCAUGCAAGCUCACAGGACCAUCAGAGGCAUGUCACAACCUGCAGGAGAAAUGCAGCUAAGAGAAACAAAGUAACACAACUGUAUGAAUAAGAACCACUGUUUUUUUUAAUCAGUAGCAAUAGUACCCCAUAAAUAUUGUACAGUAUUAUCAAGCAGCUCCCCAAACAAUUCAAACCAUUGUUUUGUUUUAUACAUAAUGACUGAAAACAAUAAAGACAUUUCUGCAGCAAAAGGAACUAAGUGUUUCAGUUAUUGUUAUUUCAAAAUUGUAGUCAGCUUUAUUCAUAGAAAAUGCUUAGGAAAAAGUAUUCAGGCUACUUUAGCCAUUAAAGUAUCUAAGAAAUCUGUAUUCACCUUAAGUGCAACAUGGCUCAUUAAAUGUGUAAACAGCUAGUAAUUUCAC